AUGCAGGAGCGUACGCAGCGUAUGUGUUCAGUGGCGCCACUAGAUGGCGUAGUGUCGUUGGCGGAAAAGCAGCAGAGAAGCAGCCGUUACGAGGUACGUUAUACAUAUUUAAUUAUAAUGGCAUUUAACAAUGGUGAAGGUGCCGUAAAAAAGCGUAGAAUCCGUAGAUUUAAUUAUGCAUGGCUAGAUAACGACAGUUAUAAAGUAUGGUUAAAACCUACUGUAGAUAGAAUUCGAAAGAUGCUUGUACGUCUACCUUUACAAGAUCCUUUUUUUAAACAAUUGCAUUUUUUAGAUUCAAAAAUAGCUUUAUACGAUGAAGGUAGACAAAAAAUUAAAGAUUUAACUCUUAUCGCCAAACGUGUCAGUAAUUUAAUUGAUGUAACAGAAUUAGCUUUUGAAUGGCGAAUUUUACCAUCGUCUUUUGAUGACGACGAUAAAAAAGAAUUAAUUGGUUUAGCUUUAGAUAAAAUGUGGAAACGUAUUUUAGAUGUUACAAAUUUCGAUGGGGAAAAGAUGUUUCCAAAUUUAAAAUCAUUAGUUGCAAUAGUUCUCUCUUUACCCCACUCAAACGCCGAAGCUGAGCGUAUAUUUUCUAUUGUCACCGACGUAAAAAAUAAAAAAAGAAACCAAUUAUCUAACGAUACGGUUUCUUCAAUUUGUAUAGUUAGAUCCAGUUUUCAAUCAAAAAAUAUUAAUUGCGCUAAUUUUGAAGUAGAUUCGCGACAGCUCGAACUGCAUAACGCGCAAAAUUUGUAUGACACUAAAUGCACAUCUGAUAGUUUGUAAUAUGUUAUAUUUUUGCUUAUAUGUUUACUUAGAGCU